UCACCUGACUGUUGUGGAUGAAAAAUAAAAUGCUUAAUAAUAAUUGUGUACACGUGACUAUCAUCUAAGUCUUCCGGAAGACAAACCAAGAUGGCGACGAGAAAACAGCGUGCACCUGUACAAUAUGUUCAACUUGACGGUUUGGUUGUAUUAAAAUUAAUCAAACAUUGUCAAGAGGAAGGUGCAGGAGGAACUGAUUUGGUGCAGGGUGUUUUAUUAGGACUGGUAGUAGACAAUCGAUUAGAAAUUACUAAUUGUUUUCCUUUUCCACGUCACAGUGAAGAUCAAGAAGACUUCAAUGAAGUUCAAUAUCAGAUGGAAAUGAUGCGUAAUUUGCGUCAUGUCAACAUAGAUCAUUUACAUGUUGGCUGGUAUCAGAGCACUUACUUUGGCACAUUUAUCAAUAGACCAUUGAUUGAUUCUCAGUAUAAUUACCAGGAUUCUAUAGAAGAAUCAGUUGUUCUCAUUUACGACCCCCUGAAGACAACACAAGGGUUUUUAUCUGUAAAGGCAUAUCGUCUUACACCAGCUAUGAUGAAAUUCCACAGUGAAAAUGAUUUCACUACAGAAAACAUUACCAAACACGGAAUGACAUUUGAUAAAAUGUUUGAAGAAAUACCAGUGGUUACUAAAAAUUCUCAUCUUGUUAAUUCUCUCCUCUGUAAUUUAGAGGAAAAAGAUAAAGAAGCUGAUAAAUUUAAUUUUCUAGAUUUAGCUACAAGUUCCAUGUUACAGAAAAACUUGAGACAGUUAAUGGAAUGUGUUGAUGCUACUACAAUGGAUAUAAACAAAUAUUUAAAUUGUCAGAGACAGAUCAUGAGACAACAACAGGCUAAACAACAACAUUUACAAAAAAGACAACAGGAUAAUGCUAUGAGAGCCCAGCGUGGUGAACCUCCACUUCCUGAUGAAGAUCUAAACAAACUAUUUAAACCAUUACAAUCACCACCUAGACUUGACUGUCUUUUAUAUUCGGGUCAAAUUGAUAAUUAUUGUCAACAAAUAUCCAGUUUUUCUACACAGAGUCUUGGUAAAUUAUUUAUGGCCGAGAGCUUGCAAAAUGAUGGACAAUCAAAUUAACUUUAGUGGGAAAUAAUGAAAAAUUGUAUUUUACAUGUGAAUAAAUAUAGUAUCCUAAACAUACAAAAAGAAAA